GGGUCACUUGUCUCCUGGUGGACUCGGAGCUCCAUGUCAGGCCGCAGGGUUGGAUUCUGCCUGAGCGACAAAAAGCGCAGGAGGAUGAACCUGGACGCUUUUGCAGAGUUCUGUGAGGGUCAUGGAGUGGAAGUGGUGGAGAUUGACCUCACUCAGCCACUGGUACCUCAGGGACCCUUUGACAUCAUCGUUCACAAGCUGUCUGAUGUCAUCGUGGAGGCUGAGCACAACAGCCAAUCACAGCAGCUCCUUGCCAACUUCCAGAGCUAUGUGUCAACUCAUCCCAGUACGAUCCUGCUGGACCCCUUACCCGCCAUGACUCAACUUCUGGACCGCUUUGCCUCCUAUCGGAUAAUGAGCAAGCUGCACAACUCACUCCGAGACUGGCGCAUCUGUAGUCCUCCCUACCUGGAGAUCCACAGUGCCGCUGACCUUUCCUCCAUUCAGCAGACUGUGACAGCUCAGAACCUCAGCUUCCCUCUCAUUUGUAAAACCAGAGUAGCACAUGGCUCACUUUCCCAUGAAAUGUCCCUGAUCUUCAGUGCGGGCAGCCUGGCUGAUGUCCGUCCUCCCUGUGUGCUCCAGAGCUUUGUGAACCACGGUGCUGUUCUGCAUAAGGUGUUUGUGGUAGGAGACAGACACUACUGCGUAGAGAGACCCUCACUCAAGAACUUCCCCUCCGGUCCCUGUGACAGGGAGACCAUCUUCUUCAACAGCCAUCAGCUGGAUGAGGAGAUGCCGUGCCUGCCUCCGCCCAGCUUUGAAGCUGUGGCUGCCCUGGUCCGGGAGCUCCGAGCUCAGCUGGGCAUGGCCCUGUUUGGUGUGGACAUCAUCAUCAACAUCCACACGCACACGCUCACCGUCAUCGACAUCAACAUCUUCCCAGGUUACGAGGGCGUUCCCCAGUUUUUCUCCUCGCUGCUCAGCCACAUCAAAUCAGUGUUGGACAAACACUCCUCUGCUGGACCUCAGGCCACCGGAUCUGUUUAGUCAGCACAGACUGCAGGUCCUUCUGUCAGUGUUUGAUCAGAGGACAAACAACAUUCAUUAGAACAAAUGUUUUUACUGUUUUGUUGGACCAAACUCAGCUCUUUUGCUUCAGUAGUUGUAACUGGUAAACUUGAUGCUAAACUUUAUAAUAACUUCUGGCUGCUAACUUCUCCUGCUCUGUUUUAGUCGACAGACAAACGAGGCAACACAAGGUGGUCUGAUACACUUUCCAUUUAUUGAUUGACAGGUAGCAUAGAAGAAGAUACAGCAGGCACAAAAUACAGCACUCUGAUUGGCCGGUAAUAUUACAAAUGAUGUUUUUCUGAUCAUUUUUUCCCCCCAGGUGUUUGAACUGUCUUCUAUGCCCAGUAUGUCACCCCCACCACAGACGUUUCCCACAGCUUUGUUUGCUGGUUUGUCAGAUCAAUUUUGUGGAAACAUUUUUGCACUUCUAUAGAAAAACAAAACUACAGUACAUUCAUUUUUAAUUUAAGUGAACAAACAUCUCCUCUUUGGAACAGACAGUAAUGAGCUCCUCAGCGCUGACUGAUAAUAUAUUUUAUCACUACGUGUUUAACAAGUCCACCGGCUGCUUGGCCAGUGUCGGAGUACAUAAAUGUGUUGUAAAUCUUGGCUGUGUAGAAAAAAGAGAGAUUAUAUUUGCUAUAUGAGUACUGUAUGAUGCACUUUGAUUACAUGUUAAAAUACAUGAAAUUCAUUAUUUGGCUAA